AUGGAGAUGGUUUGGGAUAUAGAGCAGACUAGAAUAAAUAGAUCUCUCUGCGAGGCCCUUCACCAAGUUCAUGUUAUUCUCUUAGAUCCUUCGUGCUCUGGAUCUGGGACCACUGCCAUUAGAUUAGAUCACUUGCUACCUUCGCAUGGCACAGUUGCCUUGCUACUUCCAUCAUAUUUACUAAAGCUACAAUAA